AGGCACCCGUAAGUAAAAAGGAAGCACCUGCAAGUCCAGAAAAACCUGCUAAAUUAGACAGUACUGUGGAAGUAAAACCUGAUGAAAAUUUAGAACAUGACUUGAAACCCUCUACUAACAUUCCAACAGCUUCUGAAGAUACUGGCAAAUCUAAAAAGAAAAAGAAAAAACAAGGAGCUGCAUCUGUUGCCGUGGAAGCUAGUUCCAUUAUUGCAUCACCACCCGUAGAGAUUGAACCAGUAUCCAAAAUUGCUGAGGCACCUCUGGCUCCUCCAAAGUCAUCUGAGCCUGUUGUUGAUAAUAAGCCAGUUAGUACGCCUGAGGACUCAAAAACCAAUGUUGUCUUUGAUGAAUUAGCAGGACUUUAUCCAGAAGCAAAGGAAAAGAAGAAAAAGAAAGUUCGUCGUGAUCAUUAACUACUUUAUUACUUUAAUGAGGUGUAAAACAAGAAAGGUCUUUCAUAUUUAAAUGAAACCAUAUAUUCAUCCUGCCACUUUUAUGGAACUUACACAAUUUUAAAAAUGAUGGACAUUUAGGUUAUUUCAAAUGCCUUAUGCAUUGUAGCAGUUAUUUAUUUCUGGUUGAUGUAUGCUGUGCACACAUUAAAGUGAUAUGUAAUCAUCAGAAUUCAGUAUGCAUUUGAAAAUGUUAAUAUCAGGUACUGGUUUUUCUAAUAAUUGUUCUUUUUUUUAUCAAUUGUGGUACUUGUGCUUAAAAGUUAUGAAGUUAGUUCUGUUUUUUUUUUAAUUCCUAAUUUUUAGAGGACUUGGCUUUUAAAUUUGUUUUAAUUUUUUUGUUAAGUGCUAAAGUUGCUCAUUUUAAUUCAGAGAUUCGCCUAAGACAUAUAUAUAUAUGAAACUAAAAUUGUUUGUAAGGGAUUCAUGAUCUUUUUGUACUUUCUAUGAUACAAGAAAUAAGUGUGCCAAAAUACAUCUGUUAAUAUAAAUUUGCUACAACUAUCUUUUAAUAAUUUCAAAUUUAUAAGAAUUGGCACUUUUAAGAAUAUAUAUAUAUAUUUUUUUACUGGCUACAUGAAAUAUUAUUUUAUGAUGAGAAAGCUGGAAUUUCCCAUAUAUGAGUUUAUAUACCAUUUUAUUCUCUUAAAAUUUCUUUGGAACUCCAUUAUUUUUCUUUUGAAUGUUGAAAUAUUAAAGAUGAAUAGUUGGAAAUUUUUAUUUAAAUUUUCAUGAUGCAUUUUCAAUGUAUGAUUCAAGAUUUUAAUAUACAUAUGUAAAAAUAUUAAAGUGAAUUUAUGUAUACACUCAGUCAGCGCUUGAUAUUUUGACAUUGUUUCCGUAUAACUUAAUUCUGUAAAUUAAAUUUUUAUUUAAAACUUUUAUUUCUAUCUUUGACAGUUUACUCUUCAAGUUUGCAUUCUCUGUUAUUUUGCCUUUAAUGAAUAAUUAAGAGAUAACAAUACUUUUUGACAUUCUACAUCUUUUAUAAUUUUAAUUUAAAACUACCUCUCUGUUUUAUAUUUGAGUGUAUUUACUCUUUAGGGCCACAAACACACAGAUGGGUGAAUCACUUUCUGAAUGAUGAUAUGAAAGUUUGCUUUAUUUCUGUGUGUUUUAAUUAUCUUAGAAAAAAAGAGAAAAAUAUAGUUUUUUAAAGCAAAUUUUGGAGAAGUGGAACAACCUCUAUUUGAUUUAUUAAAUUUCUUUUAUCUAUUGAUUUAAUUUGAUCUGUUUUAUACAAAUGUAAGUCAAUUUGAGAUGACAAAUGAAUUAUUGCAAUUGAAAAAAAGAAUUCCUGCAGAAAUGAAUUUUGAUAUGUGAUAAAAAGUGAAAUAGCAAAAAUAUUUUAACGAAUAGGUCAUUAACUUAACAGAAGGCAGUAUGGAUUAUGGAAGACAGAAUGGAAUGCACUUUAGUUAUGUUAAAUUAUUUCUUGGUUAAAUUAUUUUUCUCAAAAAAACCUAUAAUUUUGUUUUUUAUUAAAUAUAUAGUGUUAUUCUGAAGUUAUAAUUAUAGUGUGAAUAAUGUGUUAUUUAAUUUCCUAUGGGACUUUAUCAUUGUUUGAAUAAUUUAACAAGAAUCCUUACACUUUAAUAAAUUCUUUUCAUUUCCUGUCAAA